UUUUGCAGUUUUAUGUCACGAUAAUGGAUUCUGAAGGAUUGGAGAGAGGGAUCGAAGAGUUGAAACUGCAGGAGAAGGGUGAAGUACAUGCACUGGCACUGGGUCAAUUACAGGUCACUAGCUUUUCUGAACUUGUCAAUGAUGUUAGCCUCCAUUUUCAGAUCAUUCGCUUUCCCAAACAGAUUUAUGUGUGGGUUGGUUACAACUCUGCGAAAUUGGGACACAUGUAUGCAGCAGCUACAACUCGUCCUAACAAUAUGGUAUCUGUAACUUCCAUACUUGGUGUGGCUUCUGAUAAUACAGGUUCUGGCAUUGCUAAUCGAUUAGUGUUGAAGACCGGUCUCAAUAUAAUUUUGGCUUGUAAUAUUCCGAAAAAUAGCCCCAUGCUUGAGAUCGAAGCUGAGAAAAUAUUGGUACAGAAACUCAUUAGUCUGGGCUAUACCAAUUCAAGAUUGGGAGGAACAUCUUUGUAGCAUAGGCCGGAGAGACUUUAUAUACAUAACAAAGGUGCAUUGUCCCAAUGUUUUUAAUUAAUUCAGAAGCCAUGGUGGCUAUUGAAGACUUGAAGCAUUGUUACUUACACCAACUGUUAUCUAAUAGGUGUUUGUUGCUCGUACCUCUUGUUUAUCUUUGGUGCUUGCAUAUGAGAGAUGUUCCAAAUGUUCAUAAUUACAACCUAGAUAUUUUUCUUCUCAUGCUAGAGCCUUCUUUGGGUAAUGAUUAUGAUGCAGCAUUACUAGAGCAAAGACCCUCAUUUUAUUUUUCCUUGAACCUCUUAUCAAUCUUUGAGGGAAACCAUAUUGGAGCA